AUGGGCACGAACUCUACAGACAUUGCUAGUUGGCUAAAUGACUGUGGCUUAACAGACAAAAGCUGUUCAGCUCUGGCUACAGUUCUUGGAUCAGAUACCAGUCUGAAAGAGCUGAACAUGAGCAAUAAUAAUCUACAUGAUUCAGGAGUGAAGCUGCUCUGCACUGGACUAGAAAAUAUGAAGUGUCGUUUGGAGAUACUGAGGCUAAAUGAUUGUGGCUUAACAUACAAAAGCUGUUCAGCUCUGGCUACAGUUCUUGGAUCAGAUACCAGUCUAAAAGAGCUGAACAUGAGCAAUAAUAAUCUACAGGAUUCAGGAGUGAAGCUGCUCUGCGCUGGACUGGAAAAUAUGAAGUGUCAUUUGGAGAUACUGAGACUUUCAGACUGCAGUAUCACUGAAGAAGGUUAUAAAGCUCUGGCUUCAGCUCUGAGAUCAAACCCUUCACACCUGAUAGAGCUGGAUCUCACAGGAAAUGAUCCUGGACAAUCAGGUGUGAAGGAGCUCAGUGAUUUACUACAGGAUCCAAACUGUCAACUCAAGACACUGAGGUUUUUGGGUCCUGCUGCAGAUGAAGCCUGUCAGUAUGUGACUGGAAUUGUGGGUAAAAACCCGUUACUCCUGAGAGAACUGAAUCUGAGUGAACAUGAACUAGGAGACACAGGAGUGAAUCAGAUCGCUGCUCUACUGCAGGAUAAACACUGUCAACUCAACACUCUGAUUUACGUAUUUUCAUUGUUGCAAGGACACUUGUGACUUUUGUAAUGUGAU